AUGCUGAUUUAUCCGAACAUUGCGAAUAUGCUCGGUGAAACAGUUGUGGAUGUCAAUGCGCUUUGCCUCGAUCGCACCCAGACAUAUAUUUUAAUGAUCGAACAGCGCCAAACAGCAUCUUGUACAGUGAUCAACUCAGCAAUUGCGCGUUGCCAUCUGCCAAAAAUCUAUGACUGGGGCACUAAAACCGUUUAUUUUCAACCACAGACUGGUGCUAGCACUGAUGAUAAAGCUUUCGUCGGUUAUAUCUACUUCGUACCUCCAACGCUAGAUCCGAUGCGUCUCGAUAUUGGAAAUGUUUAUGAAUGGUUCAAGAAUCCAAUACCACAGACCGUGAUGCCAAUAUCUUGGUACCCUAGAAAUUUUACCAACCCAGACCUUGACUACAUCGAUCAUAACAUUCGAAUUAGUGACGAUCAGUUGUAUUCUGUGCAGCUUGGCUUGUACGUUGUUGGCUACAAAGAAGCGGUUGACGAUCAAGUAUAUUUGCCUUCAUUUGUUUUAACAUCUGAAACUUGGAAACAACUGUGA